AUGACGCCUAAGGGCAAGGAAGAAAUCAGCAAGACAACUGGGAAAUCAGCGAAGAAAUGGCACCGCUUUCUUCUCAGCUAUCCAGGCUCCUUCCAUUUGGCGAAGGUCAUCACCAGGGGUCUCAAGGCAGAGAGGCGUAUCAUAAUCAGCUUGGCAUUAGGAGACAUAGACGACUUCGCGACUGAGAAUGUUGACCUCUGUCAAAAGUUUGAGCCUCGAGACUCCUUCGCCCGAGAGAAGAACUCGUAUCAAGACGAGAAGCUGAUUGGUAUAAGCCCGAUGGCCAAGGCUCUCGAUGACUUCCGAGAUGCCUUCUUCCAGCGCUACCCGAUAGAUGCAGCUAUCAUCGCGGAACAAUACGAUAACAUGUGCCAAGAGAAAAUCGAGCAAGUAGAAGAACAAUUAUCACUGAACAAGAGAAAGGUGAAAGACGGACUCGAGGCCUUAGCAGAUGACCUCGCCAACUUGGACCUAGCUAGAAACGACUUCUCCAAGGCACCCGAUUCAGAACUUCUCUUCUACGACACAGAGUGCAAGCCCAAACGUCACGACGCGCUCAAGGUCUCACAUAUCCAAAAGACCGCCAGAGACAAUAACACGCUGUCGGAUGGAAAGAGGAAAACGUGGAAGUACGAUGUCACACGGGGAUGAAACCCUGCACCAAUAAUCAGG